UGUCGUCUAUGGCAUCAGGUGAAAUUAAUGUUCGUAAAACCGCAAAACAUUUUUGUAUGCGGUGUUGAACUGGAGGUGCUCCUAGUUUUUAGUUAUCCACUUAUUCUCAUGGAACUUCCAAAGGCUGUGUACCUCCUCAUUGGUGCAGAAUUUUGUGAAAGAUUUUCCUUUUGUGGCAUAAGAACAAUAUUGUCGCUGUAUCUGAGGAAUAACUUACUAUUUGAUGAAAAUACUUCCACAGUUAUAUAUCAUGUAUUCAUAAUGCUAUGCUACGUAGUUCCAUUGGUUGGAGCCAUUUUAGCAGACAGUUUCUUGGGAAGAUACAAAACAAUCUUGUAUUUUUCUCUCAUAUACACUGCUGGAAACAUCUUACUGUGUCUUGCUGCCAUUCCUCCAGUUUCUCUUCCUCCAGUAUCAUGUUCAUUGAUUGGACUGUUACUUGUAGCUGUUGGAUCAGGUGGAAUAAAGCCUUGUGUUGCAGCGUUUGGAGGAGACCAGUUCCACUUGCCAGAGGAAGAAGAACUGCUUGACAAAUUUUUUUCCUAUUUCUACUUCAGCAUUAAUUUUGGUGGAUUCAUUGGAAUGAUAUUUACACCCAUUUUACGCAAAUCAUUUAUGUGCUUUGGAGAUGAUCAGUGCUAUGCAGUUGGAUUUGGGUUCCCAGCUCUACUUGUCAUAUUGUCAUUGUAUCUGUAUGUUUUUGGUAAGGAUCUAUUCAGAAUCAGAUGUCCAAAGGAAAACAUUAUACUGAAGUUUAUAUGCUGUACGUAUUAUGCUGUUAAAAGAAGACUGGAAUCUAAAGUCCUUUACACUGAUCACUGGCUGGAUGCAGCUAUUGAAAAAUACAGUGAGAAGUUAAUAGAUGAUAUGAAAAUUGUGUUCGGAAUUUUUUUUCUAUUUAUUCCAGUUCCAUUAUUUUGGAGCUUAUUUGAUCAACAGGGUUCACGGUGGACAUUUCAAGCUUCACGUAUGCGUGGGGAUUUUCUGGGAAUGCAGCUGAUACCAGAUCAGAUGCAGGUCUUAAAUCCUGCAAUUGUUCUGGUACUAAUUCCCUUGUUUGACAGAUCAAUUUAUCCUGUAAUUGGAUAUAACAACACAGUGUCAUCACUUUUGACAAAAAUGUUUGCUGGUGGCAUCAUUGCAAGUUUUGCUUUCAUCACUUCUGGAGCGAUAGAGAUUAAACUAGAGGAAUCGUACCCAGUCCUUCCUGUAAAAGACAGUACUCAUUUGAACUUCAUCAAUACAGUGCCAUGUAGAAUUGAAAUUGUUAAUCCUUUCAAUGGCUUACAAAUAGUUAAUGGUUCUUCAAACUUCGUAUUUAAGAAUGUGAACAUAAAAAAUAUAACUGCUUAUGACUUCAUGGUUUUUGCUCCAUCUGAAUGUAGUCACUUGUUGAUUACUCAACAACAGCUAUACAUUAAUGUGUUAACCUCUGAACAACAGGUAGAGGAGAUAAUUAUAUGUGCAGUAAAUUCUCAGCUAAUGGCCUACGUUACACAGUUUGAAGAUCUGAACAAAACUCUGAGUGGAAAAUCGAAAAUUAGGUACAGUUCAGAAUAUAUGGAUCUUCAGUAUCGUAUGAUAAAAGUAGCACAAGAUGACUUACAAAAAGAGUAG